GAGGAACCGAUUCGUCAUCAAAUUGUCAGUGGGACUGAAAACAUCGCAGGUUUCCUAUAAACAGCUUCUGUUUAUUUAUCUACCGAUUUUUUUUUAGUUUAAAAAAAUGAAAAGUCGUUCUGUUCACAGCAGAUGAGUGAAAAAUAAAUCUUGAAAGAAGGGCGAGUUUUGGGGGAAUUUUGACAGAAUGGCUAGCUGUGGAGAGGUCGAUCACUCCAUGGACGCGCUGGCCUCAGGUAAAAAAGUGGGUGGGGUAAGAGAUGGCAGUGGAAGCCCCUCCCCCUCUCCUCCCCCUUCACUUCCUGUCCCGGAGUGCGCUAUAUGCCUGCAGAGCUGCGUCCACCCGGUGCGCCUUCCCUGUGGUCACGUCUUCUGCUUCCUGUGCGUGAAGGGUGCGUCCUGGCACAGUAAACGCUGUGCCCUGUGCAGACAGGAAGUGCCCGAGGACUUCCUGGACCGUCCUACUCUGCUUUCUCCGGAAGAGCUGAAGGCCACCGCUACGGGAGGGCGGAGCUUAGGCGGCCACGCCUGGUACUACGAAGGCCGUAACGGUUGGUGGCAGUAUGACGAGCGCACUAGCCGCGAGCUGGAGGAGGCUUACCGUGAGGGCAAGAAGAGCGCCGAGAUGCUCAUCGCCGGCUUCCUGUAUGUGGCCGACCUGGAGAACAUGGUGCAGUACAGACGCAACGAGCACGGCCGGCGCAGGAGAAUGAAGCGUGACGCUGUAGACGUUCCUAAAAAGGGCGUGGCCGGACUAAGGCUGGAUCCAGAACCCGCUACAGGAUCCGGGUCCAAUUCCCUUCCCGGAUCUGGAUCGGUUUCCCCGGCAUUUCCUGUCCCUGUACCCACGGAUUCAGCUGUAAGUUCAGAUGGAGGGGUAACGCAGAGCCAUGUCAGAGAGAGAGACGUCCGGACAGAGAGACCGUUGAGAGAGAGACAGAGAGACAGAGUGUCUCCAGGCUUCGCUGAUCCCACAGCCGCAGAUUUGUCACUGAAUUCAGAAACCGCAACAUCGGAGAGGGAGAACUCGGCGGACGGAGCCGAUACAAGUGGAGCGAUUCGCUCUCAGGCUGCGUUUGCCCCGCCCCCGAUCCGUCCUCCUGUCAUGCUGGGUGGCGACCGUGACCUUCAUCAUAAUCCUCAACUUGUCCAGGCGUUCGCGCAGCUCCACGUCGGACGGUCCGCUCCUGAGGAGGAGGAGGAGGAGGAGGAACAUGAAGUCGACGACGACGAUAACGCAGACGAUUCGGCUGCAGCACCCGAUCCGUCCGGUUACGAAUCGGAAUCAGGAACGAGUGAAGACGAGGAAGAGGAAGGAGAAGACGACGAGGAAGGUGUGAGGCACAGAAUGCAGAGGAUGGACGGUGGAGUUCGGUCCCGCAGUCCUGAUGGCCAGUGCACAGUGACGGAGGUGUGAGACGUGAACAUGGCUGUACCUGUAAACACGGACGGUUUAGAACUUGAGAAGCAGGGCAUACACUUCUGUCUUAAACGCUGUGUUCUUUACAAACCUUUGGCUGUAUCCCAAACUCUAGCAUGCGGAAGAACAUCUGGUUGGUUUUGGCGUAUAAGUCGUAACGAAACUUCGUAAUUGAAAAUUUUAUCCAGCUAGCUAGCUAAUCGUCUAAUCAGAAACUGCUUGCCUGCCUUUAAAGGACACACGGAAGCGUAACGCUAAAACUAGCUAGAACUUUACGCAUUAUUUUAUUAUACCUUUAAUUAUUUGUGAACUCGCUCGCUGCAGUUUCUCAGUGUUAAACCUGCUUCCGGUGCAGCGUGAGUAAUACUUACGUUUGCUGAGCCACCGAGAACAACACGCGAAACAUCAUGCAACCGCUAUCAUGAAAUGAAAACUGUAUUCUAGCACUUCUUUAAAAAUAAUAAUAAACAGCCAGCGCUCUUGUGCGAACACUAACGAUGUCUAGAGUUUGGGACGGGAGCUUUCGUGUGAUUUUUACUGACCUACAUCGUACAUCAUAUCUAUAUACACGAGGUUAUAUAGAUGCGAAAUAUAAACAGCUAUAGAUACGAAGGGGGGACGUAACGUGUGAAGACACUGAGAUGCGUGAGUGACUGCUGAAGAUCCAAACAAGCAAAAAAAAAAUCAUCAUUUAAUGUUCAUUCAGCCAGAGCGAGGGUUGGCGAGGAUGGAGAGGUUUCAGUGUAAGAAUAAGAGUGUGUGUGUGUGUGUGUGUGUGUGAGAGAGAGAGAGAAGGAGUGAGAAUGUCGUUUGUUCUUUCUUCAUCCUAUCUUUCUAUAGCAGUUGUAUGAGUAAUGCAGCCUUAAUUCCUUCCUCUUUUAAUCUCUCUCUCUCUCUCUCUCUCUCUUGCUCACACACACUGUCUUUUGCGUCUCUUUGUAGACAUGUCUCUCUGUCGUUUUCUUUGUCACUGUGCCAGUUAGUGUCUCUCUCUCUCUCUUGCUGAGUCUCUGUCUUUCUCUCGCUCUCUCUCUCUCAUUGAGUGUCUCUCACUUUGUGGGACAGUUUCACUUCCUCUGUAUUUCUGCUUCUUUCCUUCUGUAUAUGUCUCACUUUCUGUCUCUCUUUCUCUUCUGUUCUUCUCAGCUCCAUAUUUAUGUCACUGGAGCGUCAAUAAAACAUUUUGCUCGGAUAUUAUUCACACCGUGUCAUGUUUCGUAUGGAAUGUGGAAGAAAAACAUAAAUCAUUAGAAGGUGGUACAGCGCGCUCUCUCUCUCGCGCGUGCUCUCUCUCUCUCUCUCUCUCUCUCUCUCUCUCUCUCUCUCUCUCUCUCUCGACUGAACUGAAUUCAGUGUUUCAUCAUAUCACACUUUAGUAGAAUCACGACUCCAGAUAGUGACGUGUGUUUGCGUUAUGUGUCAUCUCUCUCGAUUUUUUUUUUUUAAACGUGUAUUACUGUGAUGCGUUUUGAAGGAAGUGCCCGUGCCCCAGGCUGAGACGCUAUGAACUCUGGGAAAUGGAGUUUUAUUUGAGGAUUUUAUUGUAGUUGUUUUUCUCUUCUUCUUCAAUGUCCGGUUCUGAGAGUUUUAAUUAUUGUUUAGUUUCCCCAGUCCAAAUAUUCAUGUCCAGUUGAUUGGGAUUUAUUUAAAUUUUUUUGUCAUCAAACAAGAAGAAAUGAUAAUAGCUAUGAUAACCUCUUUUGCUGUAUUUUGUUUUAAUAGUGGUUUUUCUCUUUUGUUACCAAGUCGAUUGAAUUAAUAAAGUGUUGUCUGUUAUUUGUCUGAAA